UGGCAUACGACGCCUGCGCAGUGUGACAGGGAUGGCGUAUUUUCUUGCACCGAGUAAUGCGGCGUCGCUGGCCGCCGAGGAGGGCGGAGAUUUCUGUAGUGAAGUAGGGGGAGGGCCCCAAGGAGGCUUCGGGAAGAGCCGCGGUCUGAACUAUAAAGUGAGAAGUUGAUGUCGGUACUGCUAGGCUUGGAGCGGCGGCUGGAAGGCUGAGAUCAUCGUGGAACCGUCAACUUUGAAAUUUAUAAAACAUGGAGAAGACUCAAGAAAAAGCUGAAAGAAUUCUUCUAGAACCCUAUAGGUACUUACUCCAAUUACCAGGGUCACAUUAAUUCAGGCCUGGGCUAGCCGAGAACUCAAAUGUGUAGCCCAGGCUGGCCUGGAAUUUGUGGUGAACCUCCUGCCUCUGCUGGAAUUACAGGUAAACAGGUGAGAACCAAACUUUCACAGGCAUUUAAUCACUGGCUGAAAGUUCCAGAAGACAAACUACAGAUUAUCAUUGAAGUGACUGAAAUGUUGCAUAAUGCCAGCUUACUUAUAGAUGAUAUUGAAGACAGUUCAAAGCUCCGACGUGGCUUUCCAGUAGCACACAGCAUCUAUGGAAUCCCAUCCGUCAUUAACUCUGCCAAUUAUGUCUAUUUCCUUGGCCUAGAGAAAGUCUUAACACUUGAUCAUCCAGAUGCAGUGAAGCUUUUUACACGCCAGCUUUUGGAACUCCAUAGGGGACAAGGCCUAGAUAUUUACUGGAGGGACACCUACACUUGUCCCACUGAGGAAGAAUAUAAAGCCAUGGUGUUGCAGAAGACAGGUGGAUUGUUUGGAUUAGCAGUAGGUCUCAUGCAGCUGUUCUCUGAUUGCAAAGAAGAUCUAAAGCCCCUGCUCGACACACUUGGGCUCUUUUUCCAGAUUAGAGAUGAUUAUGCUAAUCUACACUCCAAAGAAUACAGUGAAAACAAAAGUUUCUGUGAAGACCUGACAGAAGGAAAGUUCUCCUUCCCCACUAUUCAUGCCAUUUGGUCAAGGCCAGAAAGCACCCAGGUACAGAACAUCCUGCGCCAGAGAACAGAAAAUAUAGACAUUAAAAAGUACUGUGUGCAGUACCUGGAGGACGUAGGUUCUUUUGAAUAUACUCGCCACACUCUGAGAGAGCUUGAAGCUAAAGCCUACAAACAAAUUGAGGCCUGCGGCGGGAACCCUGCACUAGUGGCUUUAAUCGAGCAUUUAAGUAAGAUGUUCACGGAAGAAAAUGAAUAAUGUUAGCCGUUCUUGAUUAGACUCAACAGCUUCUUUCAGUUGAAAAUGAGGAGUGGCUUCUUCCUAUUUAUCUUUUUAAGUACUAGACUCCAAAAGCUGAGUAGAUGAGGCUGAUGUGUAUGAAAGUGUUUUCUUAUCACAAUUCCUUUGCAUAAAAAUACAAAACUGAGGGCUGGAGAGAUGGCUCAGCUGUUAAGAGGCUGCUCUUCCAGAGAACCCAGGUUCAAUUUCCAGUGCCCACAUAGAAGUUUACCACUGUCCAUUACUCCAAUUCCAGAUGAUCUUCUGGCCUUUGCAGCCACCAGGCACACACAAGGCAUAUGUGUACACAAAGCACUCAUACACAUUUAUUUUUUAAUUUUUUAAAAAACAAAAAAAAAUUGAAAGUAUCAGCAAUCACACAUUACAGGUCAUAAAAAUGUCACUAAAUGUGACCAUCUACCCCAAAUGUUCUGGGUUUGCCAAUAAAAAAGACUUAUCUUCCCAAAAAACUUUCUGCUUCCUAACUAUAUGAUUUGGAGGGGCCUCAGUUCUUUGGUAAGAGUUCAAAACAGACUUCUUGGACAGGUCUCUAGCUAACUGGCCUAAAGACCCUAAAUGGUAGAGCUAAGAGUACCUUGGUUUUGUGUCUCUGAAAAGAGAGAAUGAAAUGGACUCUUCUAUCUUGACACCGCACAAAUUCUUGAUUUUGGCCAAGGAGGCUCCACUUAGUUCACAUGGUAGAAUCAGGAAGAUGGAAGUUCAAGGUUAUGCUCAGCUGCGUGAGUUUGAGGCCAGUCCUGGCUACAUGAAACUUUAUCUCAAAACAAACACCUUUUUGUAUUUAUUUAUUUUUAAUCUUGAGACAGAUUUCACUACACAGUUUUAGCUGGCCUCUGCCUCCUGAGUACUAGGAUCAAAGGUGUCUCCCACCAUGCCUGGCCAGGAAUGUGUAAGUCAGUUUAUUUCCUUGCCUAAUUAAAUUCAUUUUGGCCUGGUGCUAGUUCAUGAUUCUUCUGUCAUUCUUGUCUUGCCUUUAUCAGUAACAAAUGUUAAACAGUGAGUUGAUGUUUUUUAGAGUCAUUUUAUCUUUCCAGUAAUCAAAAUCCCACUCUUUACCUAGUCUGUGAUAACAACUGUUAAUUAAGAGGAGACCCAGGGGCCUGGAGAGAUGGCUCAUCAGUUAAGAGCAUUGGUUGCCCUUCCAAAUGACCCUGGUUCAAUUCCCCGCACCCACAAGGCAGCUCACAAGUGUGUGUAACUCCAGCUCCAGGGGAUCUAACACCCUCACACAGAUGCACCUGUAAACAAAAUACCAGUGUACGGAAAGAAUUAUCAGAAGAGACCAAGAUCAUGAGUAGCUCAGUACACUUAAUAAAAUUAUUUUAUCCACUU